AUGUAUCACGAAAGGGGUCGCGUUCCUACAGAUACCCCAGAAAUGGCAGCCGCACGGGAUCAACGAUUGACAAUCCAGAGACACCACCGCGUGGAGCGACGCCAUGGCGUGCAGCCUUCACAAACCCCGACGUUAAGCGGCUUCAUUCGACAACAGCAGCUCAAUGCUCAGGACGAGGUGCCUGCGACUAGCCGAGCCGAUUUGCUACCCGUGCAAGCAGCUGAGGGAGAUGGUUUGGGUGGUGACGCGGAUGACUUGCGACAUACACCGCCACAGCCCCGCGGCGGCGGACGCCCUCCUAAACGCUAUUAUCCUCCGUCUAUAUCUUCAGCUCAGUCUCGCGGACGCCCUCGCGGACGCCCUCGGCUAGCACGCAAUUCUGUUGGCCGCCCACCUACGCAAAAUCUUCCCCAAGAAAACCCUCCACGAGAAUUGAACGAACCCGCGGUUGGGUCUCGCGGACGCCCUCGCGGACGUCCUCGGCUAGCACACAAUCCCAUCGGCCGCCCACGCAUGCAAACCCUCCACGAAGGAAACCUUCCGCGCGAAUUUAACGAACCCGGUCCGCGGUUUACAGGCGAUGACCAGGAGACGCCGCUGUUGGCCGAAGACAUUGCGAUCAAGAGGGAGUUCGACGAAGCGCUUGCCGCAGAGGAGAUGCAACGAUGCCUGCAAACGGCAGGAGGAACCUUUUUUUUCUCCGCAGAGAACAACCUUGAUUUUGGCCCGGUCCCACCACAGUUGCCCCAACUAGAGCCGUUGGAGGAGCUUUUCAUUGCGCGUGUGCACGUCAGCGUCAAUGUAUUCACUGUAUGCGAUGCUUCCCUGCGAGAGAGUGUACUAGCUAAUCAGCGUCAGGUUCGUGGGCAGCAAUACAAGUUAUCGUGGGCAUGUUGUACACUUUUGCGCGACGUGGGCAAGGUGUACUCAGAGCUUCCCUUGCUGCCCAAGGAUUUGGACAUUGUCAUCCUCCGACCGCGUGGAUCCGAAGCGGUCGAACAGAUGGAUCGACAAUUCCGCAACCGCUUCCGAGUCCACCGAGCAGCAGUCGAGACAUGGCUCAGAUUCCUCGCCGACAACCACCUUGGCUACAGAAAUUUCACCUGGAACUACAACAACCUCUCCCAGUUGCCAGAGGACGGUGACGUCUUUGACCAGCUGAAUAUCUACGAGGUCGCCGAGUCUGGAGGUUUGCCUGCAGAUUCUGGCCCUGUUGAAGAACCGGAAGAGGACAGAGAGGUUGUUGACGAAGCCGCAGUGCCCAAUACGCUAAUCCAUGAUUCGGAAUUGAACCAGCUUCAAGGGCGAGUCAAUGAUGGGGCUACUGAGGUCAAUGAGCAAGUGCCCCUAGAGUCAGUCGACCCCCAGGCUGCUCACCAGCUGCAGAUGCCUUCCAUCCGGCGCACUCCCCUCGAUGAGUUCAAUCAAAAGCAUCAUGCCAUGAAAUGGGAGGAUGGCCGAUUUGCCAAACAUCACAGCUUCCGAUUUAUCGCGCUAAACACUCUGAUGAGGCAGCAGGCGAGGGGUCAUAGCCGAUUCUACGUCAGCAAGAACCACCGAACGCCUCUUACGAAGGAGGCGCUGCAGGAGGCGCUUGCCGAUCCGGACACGCCAGAGGCCCAGGCCAUCCUCAACCGGAUCUCUCGCUAUGCUGGUGUCAUCAAAGACACACGCCCCUUUUGGUACCGCCGACGUCGCGAGUGCGAGUCUUUUGCGCACUGUCUUGGUGUCCCCUCUGCUUUCAUCACACUGAGCCCAGCCGACCUGCACUGGCAGAGCCUCUACCAGCACAUGCCCGAGUACGAGGAGUGGAAGGCGCUUGAUGAGCCGAGACGCAUGGCCAAGAAGAUUGUGCUGAAGAAAAAGUCCAACGUGGCCGACUUUUGGUACCGGUACGAGUGGCAAGGCCGCGGCAGUAGUCAUUCUCAUGGGCUCUACUGGUUCCAUGGGAGCCCUGCUCCUGAUAUGGCAACCCCCGAGUUGAGAGAGCAUUUCGCGAGGAUCUGGGGAUACCACGUGACAGCAGUAAACCCGCAGCAAGAUCAGGGUGCUGACGAGGGCAACACUUUGUCUGUUGACCCUCUGGAGAUGGACGUUACUCGGGAGUGGUUAAACAGAAUCGUCAACCGCUGCCAACGACACCACUGCUCGUCGACCUACUGCCUGCGGGUGACGAAGAAGGAUUCCCAGCGAGCCAGAGAGGCCGAAGCAAGAACCGAGGCUGGAGAGACAACCGGAGAGGAACCGCCGCCACCACAGCCCACGUGUCGGUUUCUCUUCCCCCGGCCUAUACGAGAGGCUGCCGCGGUCAUCAAGGGGCCCGGAAAGAGCUGGUGGUCGUUCGAAACAGAGCGCAACGGCACCCACCUAAACCAGUACAAUCCACUGGUGUCUCUUUGCUGGCUGGCCAAUACAGAUUGCUCGCCCCGCACGAGUGUGGAGGCUGUUGUCAACUAUGCUGGGAAGUAUUGCACCAAGUCUGAGGCCCGGACUAGCACAUAUGCGCAGAUUGCCCAGAGUAUCCUUCCCCACAUAUCAGACAACAACCCGAUGAUUUCUUUUAUGUCAAAGAUGAUGAAUAAACUAAUCGAAGAGAGGGACUACUCUGCGCAGGAGAUCUGUCAUAUCCUCCUGGGACUCCCUCUGCAAGAGGACAGCCGAGUGGUGCAGAGCGUUGACUGUAGGUCCCGCGAGAGACACGCUCGUGCAAUUGACAUUACGGCGGAUGGCGAUAUUGAAGAGUCUCGGACAGUCUACGAGAAGUAUCUCCGACGGCCCGAUCAUAUGCAGGAUGUCUCCUACUUCGAUUACAAGCCAGUUCGCUCACAUCAGCAGUACUCCGACUUCUGCCGGGUCAAGCUGCUGCUAAGCCAUCCCCACCGCCAGACGGAAGAUCUGUCCCAGGUUGAUGAUCGACAGUUCGACAACCACGCAUCUGCCUAUCGCUACUGCCUUGAGCAUCACGACCACCCGGACGACCACUACGGCACGGUUGACGAGCCUGAUCCGUCUCCAGAUGAGGAGGAGUUUGAGCCAGAGGGGGACGCCGGGGACAUUACCCGGUCGAGGACUGGCAGGAGAUGGCGCGGCAAUUACGACGUGGAAGAUAUGCCUCUCGCAGCCCGUGAUACGCUGAACACACAGCAGCGUCAGGUAUACGACACGAUUAUGCGCCACUUCAGGGCGAAGAACGAGAACCGUCGGCCUCCGCCCCUCUGGCUGCAGAUCGAUGGAGGAGGGGCCAAGGCGGCUUUCUAUGGCCGGCCCUCCCCCAUCGUCAGAGCAGCUCCGACGGGCGUGGCGAGCAACCAGAUCGGGGGACAGACUCUGCAUUCCCUUCUGCGACUCCCCGUCGGCGGCAAUUACCGCUCGCUCUCCGAGACCCCCGACGACCCCUCCAUCGCCUUGCAGCGGCGGUUCAGGGGUAUCCACUACCUCGUGAUUGACGAGAAGAGCAUGCUCGGCCUCAAGACCCUCGCGUGGAUCGACCAGCGCCUACGAGAGGUGUUCCCGGAGAAUCGCGACGAGUUCUUCGGCGGCCUCAGCGUUAUCCUGAUCGGGGACUUCUUCCAGCUUCCCCCCGUUCUGAACAAGCCGCUGUACUCAACGCGCGACGACCUGAAGGAUAUCGAGAUGGUCGGGCGCAACGCGUACCUCUCAUUCGACAAGUCCGUGUUCCUGACCACGAUACAGCGGCAGCAGGGCGAAGACCAGGCUUCUUUCCGGCGGGCCUUGGAAGAACUGCGAAUGGCUGAUGUGUCGGUACCCUCCUGGGAGCUCCUUUCUUCGAGGUGUUCUGUCAAGCUCUCACCCGAGGAGGUUGAAAGCUUUGCUGAUGCGCUUCGCAUCUAUCCCACCAAGACCCAGGUCGUCGAGUACAACCACCAACACAUGCCUGGCCUGGACAGCCCCGCCAUUCAGGUCGAGGCAAAGCACGAGGGUGUUAGUGCGGAAAAGGUUGGAUCCUCAAAUGCCGGCAACUUGGCCAAGCGCUUGCCCUUGUGUGUUGGCUGCAGGGUGAUGCUGACGCGGAAUUUGUGGGCCGACGUCGGGCUCGUCAACGGCGCACAGGGGACAGUCUACGACAUAUCCUGGAAAGAAGGUGCCGACGUGCUGCGAGACCCGCCCGAGGUCAUCAUGGUGGCCUUCGAUGACUACGACGGCCCGGCCUUCACGAUGCCGAACGGGGAGCCGCUCCGUAGUGGAGGGAAACUGGCUGUUCCCAUCCUCCAAGUGCGGCAGGACUUCAUGGUCGGCGCCAACUCAUGUUCGAGAGACCAGUUCCCGCUGCUGGUCAGCUAUGCGAUCACCGUCCACAAGUCACAGAGCAUCACCCUGGACAAGGUCGUCUGCGAUAUCUCUGCGCCAGAGUUUGCUUCUGGCCUUUCCUACGUGGCCGUCUCGCGGGUGAAGACACCCGGCGGGCUGAUGUUUGAGCGGCCCUUCGACCGCAGCAGGAUCUACCGCGAGACACCAUCACGAGCUAUGGGGUUGAAGUUGUCCGAUCACGCUACCAGGCAGCUGCAGGCGUUAGAUGCUGUGGCGGGGGAGGUUCCCUCAGAGUCUAAUUGA